GGCAGAAGAUCGCGCGCGCGAGAGAUCAAUGCAAGUGGGGAGAAGCUUGGCAAGUGAAGUAGGUUAACCUCCGGUUUAGUGCUGAGGCACUUGGCUCUCGUACCCACACCAGCGGCGCGAGAGAGAGACUUGCAGAUGGGGCAUUUAGGCCAGCUAUAAACACACAACAGAACGUUUUAGCGAGCCAGUCACCUGUGUGUCUCCAAGUGAAUUUCAGUCGCUCCUCCAGUGCUGUGUACAAUCAUCUCCAUUAAGGAUUACCUCCAUUGGAUUAUCCAGUGCGGUUUUUUUUUCAGUGAAAAUUGGUAGUGGUGAUUUUUUGUUUAAAAAACUCACGUUAAUUCCAAACUCCAGGAUGUCAGUGCUCAGGAUCUUGGCACUGUUCACCAUUGGCUUGGGCAUGGUGGCGGCACAGCGUCGUUUAGCCCUUCCCGACCCGAGGAGUUGUGCAAAUCGUGUUCGUCAUGCCACUUAUCGAGAUGCUCGUGGGGUUGCUCACUCAUAUUUCUUCAGUUGGGAACAUCAGCCAACUCGCAGCUUGGAGGUAGACUGGCUUGAUGCAAGAAACAUCUGCCGUCGUCACUGCAUGGAUGCCGUGUCCCUGGAGACACCACAGGAGAAUGAAUUCAUCAAGCAGCGCAUUGGUCGUGGCAAUGUCCGGUACAUUUGGACCUCUGGUCGCAAGUGCAACUUUGCCGGAUGCGAUCGCCCCGAUUUGUUGCCACCCAAUGAGAACGGAUGGUUCUGGUCCGGUUCUGGAGCCAAAAUUGGACCCACCAGUCAGCGCAAUACUGGCGAUUGGAGCUACACCGGGGGAUACGGUCAGGCUCAGCCCGAUAACCGAGAAGCAGCUCAGGGUAACGACGAAUCCUGCCUGUCCAUCCUCAACAACUUCUACAACGAUGGACUCAAAUGGCACGAUGUUGCAUGCCAUCACUUGAAGCCCUUCGUGUGCGAGGACUCCGAUGAGCUCCUCAACUUUGUGCGCUCCCGCAAUCCCGGUAUUCGCCUCUAGAGCACCGAAUCCUCACUGAAAAUCCCGCCAGACAGGAAGUGAAGGAGAGAAAUUAAUUUAUAUUAUAUAUAAAUUGAAAAAAAAGAUGGAAAAAGAAGGAUUCAGAUGGACACAAUUUCACAAGUUCAAAUUCGCAUCCAUCGCAUUUUUUUAUGUGUAGUAUUUCUCUAGAGAUCUACUAAUUUUCCCGUUUUUUGCCAUUCUAAUUCACAAAUCUCUGUGUUCUCUAGGGUUUUUAUUCUACCUAUUCGACAAGAUAUAAAUGAAUAAAAAAAUCAACAAAGGUAGAUUUUCUCAUGCGCGGCACUUGUGAAUACAAAUCCCACACCUGAAUUUACUUAAUCCAGUAAUUUUGUUUAUCGAGGAGUAAAAAUGGGAGGAAUUAUUUAAAGACAAAAAGAAAGAUUGAAAUAAAACGUAGAUUAUUUAUACAAAA